GAUUAGUCUCAACAAUCUACUGUAGGAGGUCUGAUCGAAAUCAUAGACAGUGAGAAGAAGAGUAAAUCAAAUCAGUAAUGGAGGGAUUGCAAAGGUUAUUAGCAGGAGGAAUGGGAGGACAACCACCUCCAGAUUCACCACUCUUGGAUUCAUCUGAGCAAGUUUACAUAUCUUCUCUUGCACUCCUCAAGAUGCUUAAACAUGGAAGAGCUGGGGUUCCGAUGGAAGUUAUGGGAUUGAUGCUUGGGGAGUUUGUAGAUGAAUAUACUGUUCGUGUGGUUGAUGUUUUCGCAAUGCCUCAGAGUGGUACUGGUGUUAGUGUUGAAGCUGUUGACCCUGUGUUCCAGACUAAUAUGCUGGAUAUGCUUAAGCAGACUGGCAGACCAGAGAUGGUUGUAGGAUGGUAUCACUCGCAUCCUGGAUUUGGUUGUUGGCUAUCUGGUGUUGAUAUUAAUACACAGCAGAGUUUUGAAGCUUUGAAUCAGAGAGCUGUUGCCGUGGUUAUAGACCCUAUACAAAGUGUUAAGGGUAAGGUAGUCAUCGAUGCCUUCCGUCUGAUCAAUCCUCAAACCAUGAUGUUGGGACAAGAGCCACGACAGACAACAUCAAACGUUGGAUAUCUCAACAAGCCGUCCAUUCAAGCUUUGAUCCAUGGGUUGAAUAGGCAUUACUAUUCAAUAGCUAUUAAUUACAGGAAAAAUGAACUUGAGGAGAAGAUGUUGCUGAAUCUUCAUAAGAAGAAGUGGACUGAUGGGUUGACUCUGCAGCGGUUUGAUUCUCAUUCAAAAACUAAUGAGCGGACUGUAGAGGAAAUGCGAAGCCUGGCCAUCAAAUACAACAAGGCUGUUCAAGAGGAGGAUGAGUUGUCUCCGGAGAAGCUUGCUAUUGCUAAUGUUGGAAGGCAAGAUGCUAAAAAGCACCUGGAAGAGCAUGUCAAUAACUUGAUGUCGUCGAACAUUAUCCAGACCCUGGGAACCAUGCUUGACACUGUAAUUUUUUAGGAGUAAUGGAGGAUAUGUGAUGUGGAAAGGUGCAGGAAGGGUUCUGAUACUACAGUAGCUUAUUUAGAUUGAUCAGGUCUCUAGGCAUUUCAGACGCAGGAAGGGUUUGGUGUGGAAGCAGAAUAGCACUCAAAUACCUACUAAUUGUAGUUAACAGAUGAUACACCAUUUACUGUAAAGAGUGUAUGAACAUCUAAUUUUUAGCUUGUUUUUUGAGAACAACUUGUUUUGAGAACGAGUAGGUCUUUUUGUAAACAAACUUGGUUUUUGAGAAUCCAUACAGAAUUUUGUCUCAA